AUGAACACUGAAUCAGCAGUUGUGGAGUUCCUUGGGAAGGUACCCUUGUUGCAUCGGUUAACUACUUGUUCUUUUAAGAAAAUCGCACAAGUCAUUGUGUUCAAGCGUUACGAGAGAGGGGACUAUGUAGUUCGUAGAGAUGAUGAGGAGAUGGAGGGAGUCUAUUUUGUCAUGGAAGGACAGGCUCAGGUUCACGGAGAAGAGAACUGUUCGGAGUUCCUCUUGAAACCAUUUGAUUUCUUCGGCCGUGGCAUUUUUGGGAAUGUUUAUGCAGUAGAUGUUGUUGCCGUCUCAGAGCUUACCUGCCUACUCUUGACUUCUGAUCAUUGUCAUUUGCUUGAGACAAAGCCGACUUGGGAUUCAGAUAACGAACGCUCUCUCCUGGAACGCAUUUUGUAUAUGGAUCCAUUAGAUUUGAAUGUGUUCAGGGGGUUCACUCUACCCAAUGCUCCAGCCCUUGCAAAGGUUUUCGGAGGGCAAUUUUUGGGACAGGGACUUGCCGCAGCCACAAAAACUGUUGAAUUUUCGAAGAUAGUCCAUAGUUUACAUGCCUAUUUCCUUCUUUCUGGUGAUAUAAAUAUUCCCAUCAUAUAUGAAGUUAGCCGCUUACGUGAUGGCAACAACUUUUCCACCCGAAGAGUAGAUGCAAGACAGAAAGGAAAAACCAUAUUCACCUUGUUUGCAUCAUUUCAGAGAGAGCAACAAGGUUUUGAUCACCAGGAGUCUAACAUGCCUCAUAUGCUACCUCCUGAAACGCUUGUAUCAAGGGAUGAAAUGCUUCAACGGCGUAUGACUGACCAUCUACUACCUAGGUAUUACCGAAAAAAAGUUGCAACCCAAUAUACUGCCCCAUUGCCUAUAGAUAUUCGAUUUUGUGAGACAAAUUAUUCUACAGAACAGACAAAGACUCCUUCAAGAUUGAAAUAUUGGUUUAGGGCAAGGGGAGAACUUUCUGACGACCAGGCUUUGCACCGAUGCGUUGUUGCAUUUGCUUCAGAUUUGAUGUACGCCUUUAUAAGUUCAGACCCUCACCUUAAAAAGGGCAUGAGUGCAGUUCCUGUUAGCCUUGACCAUUCGAUGUGGUUCCACCGACCUCUAAGAGCUGAUGACUGGCUGCUCUUUGAGAUGGUGAAUCUAACAGCGUCCCAGAGUCGUGGUUUAGCAACUGGAGAAAUGUUCAACAGAAAGGGAGAGCUGGUGGUAUCGUUGAGGCAAGAAGCUUUGCUCAAAGAAACUGCAACUAGUAAGCCCAUCUUGGACGCCAAGCUCUGAGUGAUAGACGCACCACAUACAUACAAGACAGCUUGUGCAGCUGUUACAUUCUAAUGCUUGAAUGAUUGUUUCCCCUGGAGAAAGGGUAUUGAAUGUAUAUUGUCUUGUAUUUUGGUCAACAAAAUUUUUGACGGUUUAAAUUCAUUUGGAGCUUAAUUCAUAUAAACACGUUUUUGUGGUAAAAAAAACGCUCAUAACGUUUAUACAUUAAAUCAUAUUCAACUGUGAUCAAAUAAAGAGAUGUUAUUCGAC